AUGGAGAUGAAGUUUUUCUCUCUUUAUGCCAUUGUAGCUGCACUUCUAGUUGUAGCCAACUCCGGGAUGAUGCGGACAAGUGCACAAAGCGUUUCAUGCCUAAACCAGCUUGCUCCAUGCUUAAUUUACCUCAAUGGAACCAAGGAUGUUCCACAAGUUUGUUGUAACCCUCUCAAAUCACUGAUCAAGAACAAUCCAGAGUGCUUGUGUCGUAUGAUAAGUAACCGAGGGAGUUCUCAGGCCGAACAAGCCGGCAUCGAUGUAAACGAUGCUCAAAUGUUGCCUGCGCGAUGUGGAGAACACGAUCUCGAGGAUCGUCAAAUUCAGAUCGAAGUUCCUCCAUUGGCAACUCCUUUUCUCAAUCUUAUUGGAUGA